AUGCUCAUCCUUAAUUCAGGAGGCACUCGACGCGUCUACUCGACUUCGUGUUGCGAUAAAUGCCUGAGAGAUUUCUCUCAAGUUGUUUCAUCCACCCAUCAAUGUCACAACUGUCAACGAAAAUUCUGUAGCGUUCAUGCCAAUUAUCAUUCAAAAUAUUUUCCUUAUCAUCAUUUGACAGUAUCCAUUGAGAAUGAUGAUACGAGUAGUUCUGAUUCUUCAUCCUCAUUCGAUCAGGAAGAAUCUGUUGAAUCUUCUUCAGAAGAUUCCACUCCUCCAUGUGGUCAUUCUCGAAAUGAGAAUUCCAGAAAUGACAAUGAAGAACUCUUACUUGGAUGUCCUAUUAAGGAAAUAUCCAUCGUUCCAAGAGGAGUGGGUCAACUUACUUCUACUUGGUCCUCACCUUCCAAAUCUCUUUUGAAACAACACCAACAUGAACGCAUUCAUUCACAAUUUGAGGAUUUAAAAGAUGACCUUAAACGUUUGGAACAAGUUCACUUUCGAGGAUUUUGUAACCUUACGGAUGAAUUUCAAGAUAUUGAAAAACAUCGAUUGGAUUUGAAAAUGGAAUCUCAAAGAAUCUUUUCAUCACUUCGAAAAACAUUGUACGAGAGAGAGGAUGAAGUGUCACUGAAUAUUGAUAAAAUUUGUAAUGAACAAAAAGAAAUGGUUAUGAAAAUUAGUUCUCUAAAGAAUCAUUUGAGAAUGGUCAUGACAGAAAUUGAAAGCAUGAAAUGUGAGGAAAGUAAUUUUGAAAAGAUGGAAAGAAAGUUGCAACAUUUGAAUGCAACGAUUGAUUCAUUGAAAUUGCAAUGUCAAUAUCAAAGUGUGAAUGGUAUUCAAAAUUAUCGUUUGAGAUAUUUGCCAAUUCUUGAAGAGAUUGAAGAAGAUAUUCGCAGAUUGUGUCAUUUGCAAAAAUUGAACUGA